AUGUCUGGCAACCGUGAUUCGGGCGUCUUCCUCUCCGACAACGAAGACCUACAGCCAUCUUCUCGGCCAUCGUCUAUCUCUUCUACGCGUUCCUUGUCAACGAGAACCACCCCGCAACGAACAGAGUCCAUUGCGCGCCUCCGUCGUCCUGCUGAGCUCAACUUGGGCUUCAACAGUAACGUUGAUUUCGCAAAGCCCCGCUCCGAGCUCGAUCUCCGCUUCGACGUCAUCCGCAACUCCCAGAAUCAGAAUAAAGCCGCGCUCCGAUCACCCACACAGCUACUAAAGGACCGCUUGAAUCUCUCACCGAAGAAAGCAGAGCAUGAAAAGGUCCGCAUAUUCACGCCACCGAAGCCCAUGCUCAAUGGCUGCAUUCUACCUGGACCUAAAAUACAGAUGGAAGCGUUCAGCGGGUCGUCGGUGCGUGCAUGGAUCGAAAGGAGCGGACGGCCGGCGUGGUGGUGCAAGUUUGACAAGCUCGUGAUAUUCGAUGGCUUUGAACAGAGCGACGGCGGCGACGUGAAGUUCAAGACACGAACGAGCAAGGGCUUGUCCAUUGCGCGGCGGCGAGGGGAUACCGAGACCGUGGUUAUUCCUAUGGACUGUGCACAUUGCCAAGAGAUGCUCAACCGCACGGAGUGGAAAUAUGAUAUCCAGGUGUGUAAGCGCGGGGUGUGCUGGAAUUGCAGAGAGAGGUGUCGUUGGGAAAUGAUGCAGGACGAAGAUAAGAAGGCAGAAGUGGAACUGGAUGAGGAAAGGACAGAUGCAAACAGAGUGAGAGCCGAUAGUGUAUUGCAAGACGACGUGCAAGAGGAAGAGCUGCUGGCCAAGAUUGGCAUCGAGCAACUGCCAAAGACACCGAUCGAGACGGUUGGCAGUAUCGAAGAGAGACUGGAUGUCGCUGCAUUGCCGGCCGACACGUAA